GUUUUACUCUUCAGUUAAAGAAAUAACGUUAAAGUGACCGCAUAUUUCCACUAAAAAUAGAACUUCUCCACCACACAGAAGUAUGUUUCAAAGUUAAAAUAAUUAGUAUGUUCUGUGAAAUAAAGUUCUGAAGUUUAAGAAAGUCCCUUCAGAUUUUGGUUAAGUGAUCAAUACUUUAUAUGGCACUUCAUUCCAACGUUACUCUAGCGCUAAGGUUAAAGGUUUGCGGUGUAACAUCAACAACACUGUAGAUCGGGACUACCAUUGAUUUGGAAUUAUUGGUUAUUUGGUUGGAUCAGUACAUUUAGUCGGUUGGUCGCAGUUAGUUGGAAGCAGACUGAGCUGAGAAUAUACACUUAUAUCAUCGAGGGAUUUAAUCCAACGGCAAUUCCAGCCAACUGAUCGAGUUACUCGCUACACUUAUACUAAGUAUUUGAAUUCCAAAAAUGAAAUUCUCCCAAACCAAGGAAGAAAACUGGAAUUUUUCUAGUGUAGUGGAGGGGUUAAGAGGUCUUUACGACAGGAGACUAAAGCCUUUGGAAGUGACAUAUUUGUUCCCACAGUUUCAUUCACCAACACUUGAUGCAGGGGAAUUUAGUUCCAAGCCAAUGAUUCUUCUUUUGGGUCAGUAUUCUACAGGCAAGACCACGUUUAUCAAAUACCUUCUAGGAUCCGCCUUCCCGGGUAUGCAUAUUGGCCCAGAGCCGACAACCGACAGAUUUAGUGUUGUUAUGUCUGGGGAUGAAGGCAUUAUUCCUGGGAAUGCUCUUGUUGUCGACGCCCAAAAACCUUUUCGCCCUCUUUCGAAAUUCGGAAAUAAUUUUCUGAACCGCUUUCAAUGUUGCCAAAUCCAGAAUCCUGUUCUGGACAGCAUAGUCAUUAUUGAUACACCUGGUAUAUUAAGUGGUGAAAAACAGAGGUUAGAUCGUGGUUAUGACUUCACAGCUGUUGUUCAGUGGUUUGCAGAACAUGUUGACAGAAUAAUCCUACUUUUCGACGCUUAUAAACUCGAUAUAUCAGACGAGUUUAGGCGAGUGAUAGAAUCUCUCAGAGGUUAUGACGACAAAGUCCGUAUUGUUCUUAAUAAAGCUGAUAUGAUUGAUGCACAACAAUUGAUGCGGGUUUACGGAGCAUUAAUGUGGGGUCUUGGUAAAGUAUUAGGGACUCCGGAGGUUGUUAGAGUAUUUAUCGGGUCAUUUUGGGACCGACCACUGCGAUAUGACGUUAACCGUCACUUAUUUGAGUUGGAGUCACAGGAUUUAUUUAAAGACCUUCGAAGUUUGCCUUCUAACGCGGCCAUGCGAAAACUAAAUGAUAUGAUACGACGAGCAAGGCUAGCUAAAGUACAUGCCUACAUAAUUGGUCAUCUUAAGAAACAGAUGCCUUCAAUCGUUGGGAAAAACAAAAAGAAGCAAGAACUUAUUAACAAUUUACAGCAGAUAUAUGAUUCUAUUUCACGUUUACACCAUGUAUCUCCUGGUGACUUCCCUAAACUCUCUCAUAUGCAGAGUAUUUUGAGUGAACAGGAUUUUACAAACUUCCCCUCUCUUAAAGAAAGGCUUAUUGAACAAGUCGACGUUAUGUUAACUCAGGAGAUCCCUAAAUUAAUGCAGAUGAUACCAAUUGAACAAACAGCGGCUGUUCAACAGGGUAAAAGUUUAAUCAAAGGAGGAGCUUUCAACGAUAGUGUAAUUGAUAGUCCAUUUACGGCAGAUGCUGAUAUGGCUAUUAAUCGUGGACGAUAUAGUGAUAAGUCGGCUUUAGAGGACGAUAAAGAUGAGCUCAUAAAAGAAUUUGAAAGUCUUCAACCAGUUGAUGGUCUCCUUUGUGGAAGCGGACGAUUAAAAGCGAAAUUGAUGGAAUCUCAUUUACCUAAUAUCACAUUAAGUCGUAUAUGGAAACUUUCAGACAUUGAUAAAGACGGUUAUCUUGAUAUCGAUGAAUUCAUUGUUGCUAAGCGUUUGGUCAGCAUAGCUAUUAACGGUGGUGAAAUUCCAGAAACUCUACCAGGGCACUUAAUCCCACCUAGUAAACACAAAUAUAUUUCCCCAACUAUAAAUGGUAUAGAUGAUUAUAAUGAAACAAAAUAUUAAACCGCAUUGAUCUCGUGUUAUCGAUGAAGCCACAAAAAAUAUUAACUGGUUUAUACUGAGACUAUCAUUGUUAGCGGUUAGGAGUACAGCAUUGUCACUUCAUAUUGUCCUAUCUUUUAGGACAAAUUUACUCUUAUUCUCCUAAAAAUGACAUACUAAUGUGCUGAAAAUUUCAGAAAUAUUUUACCUGUGAUAUUAUUGAAGUCUGUUCUUUUUCAUACUCAUUUCUGUAUGUCUGUGUGUAUCUGAUGAAUUACCUCCGAAUAAAUGCAGGAAAUAAAACAUUCAAUAUAAAGAAGUCUUCAGGUUCUCGCUAUUCGUUUUUUUUCUUAUAUUUUAGAAAAUGUAAUCAAAUUUCACACUAGCUUGAUUAUGUGCCUAUUAUUCUUUCAUAUUUGGAUCCUAUCGUUAUUGCACUUAUUUUUUCGUAAACUGUCUAUUCAACUGUGUCGUGUAUAUUAUCAUUGAGUUUACUUAUUCUAUUAAUUAUUUAUCUCUUGAUGUUUAGUUACACUUUCUGACUAACAAACAUUAUUUUUAUUUUUAUUUUUUUGUGGAGGAAGAAAUCAUUUGAUUUUGUUAUAAUUCAACAUUCCACUAUUUUUACGCUAAUAGAUUCAUCCAAUUAGUAGUUUUUUUUCUUAUUUAUCUAUAACAGAUUUAUUCUGUAUUAUAGGUGUUUUAUUAAAUAACAGGUUGGAUGGAAAAUCUUCAGCGUCAGUCACUAUUAAGUUAUUUAAUUAUGGUGUGUUCUUGCUGCAAUUAUCACUAUCUAGAAUUGUUUAUGUCUUUAGUUGAAGCACGGCUUGUCAGUAGGAAACCAAAAGGAAAGACAAAUUUUGUCAAAGAUGAUUUGUCCCAUGAAUGAUCUCUGGAAUGCUAAAAAUCUGGAUUCGUAUCCUUAUAUGUUACUAGUGCAUAAUAUUCAUUGUUAAGUGUUUAUUCCAUCAUUUGAUUUAUGAACCGGACAUUAGUUUUGUAUGUGGAAAGUAUUUUUUUGCCCUGGUUACGGCCAAGAGUGUGGGGAGAGUCAGCUCUCUCAAAUGCUCUCACAUGGCCGCGUGCAUAAAACUACUGUCAGGGAAGUCUGCCUUCUCGCAGUGGGGGUGCUUUUUACGAAAUUGAGAGGACGAAAAGCGAGUGUCCGGCGCUUUAACAGGGUUGGUGGAUACGGUUGAUCCACCUAGGGGGAGUUGGAAAACCCUGAUUCUAAACCAAUGGUGCACAUGGGCUCCAGUGUCCUGUGGGAACAAACGGCGUAUGAACUAGUCGUUGUUCACCGGCUACCAUGGGACUGCAUCUCCCAGUGUUACUCCACUGCUUUGUGAAUUAGACCUUUAGGUCAAAGGCUCGGGGGGUGCACCCCUAAGAAAACCACCUACUUCGGUUUGAGCAACUGGGACGUAUCCCAGCCCUCACGCAAAUACAAUGAUUUACGUGGUGCAUAUCUAUUUGGUACCUACGUGUACCAAUGUUUAUGUGUUUAAACAAUAAAUAAUUUUGUUGAGUAUAAAUUGGCAGACAUUAUUAGCAUAAAGCCAAUCGCAGAUGUGCGUCAGCUCAAGUUGCCGUACCUGAUUAACGCGUCAAAGUAAUUAUAAUAAUAGACAUCGAAAUAAUGUACUAACAGUGAUAAAUCGAAAGACUAAAUAUUGGGAAUAUAGCUUUAAAAGUAGAGUGGAAAGGGAUACCGGAAUUCAAGAUCGAAAGGAAGAAAAACAGUGAAUCUAUCUACACUGCGAACGAUCUUGACCCAUGUCACUCAAGGUCUAUAGGCACUGAUUGUGGUUAUCAUACAGACCCAAACCAAAUGGUCUAAGUUCUCCUACAUGGCUCAAACCCACAGUCAGUAACUCCACAGAUUGGUGUCACGUUUCGGUUUAGUCUCCCUUAGGUUUCUUCCGACCUGCUUCUUCACUAGCCAGUAUCACUCAUGUAAAGCAUCGGCUUACCUUCUAUUUUUUUUGUAAAUUGAGUAUUUUUUUAUCAUUAAGGGUGUAGAAAGCAUGGUAUGACUUAUAUGCUGGAAGUUUCGUCACGUAAAGAAAAUCUACAGUCUUGCAAAGAAAUCCACUCUUAGUGUCUGUGUUGAAUGUUUGUAUAAAUUACUAAUUAUUUCAAUUUGGAGUCAUGUUUGAUUGUUUCAGGCUACUGGGAGGCAUGAUCAUUAUGAUAAGGUAUCGAGUAUUGCCAGACCAUACUUCAGUAUAACUAUCCUUUAUCCAAUUGGGUCAUAUAAUGAAGUAACCUUUUUACUUCUAAUCAAUCUCGGUGACAGUUAAUAGUACUCUAUAUGCAACCACCUUUGAGGUUAUAGAUGUAAGCUUCAGGUACCUGUUGUUAUAUCCGAGCGAAAAUUAAAUCACGAGUAAAUUCUGAGAAUGCUGGUCGGCGGCCUAUGCUCCAUUAGGAGUAACAGACGUAAGUAAGUAAAUUCUGAGACAUAUUAAUUGACUAAUAUUAUCUGUACAUUCUUAUGGUAUAACUAUUCAAUAAUUAGAUUAUGUAUAUUUAUAUUCCUCUUAUUAUAAGCUUCAUUUUGACCUAUCAUUUAUUAUUGUACGAUUUACUGUUCUUAAGCUAUGUUCAGUUUAUUGACUACUGCCUCCCACGUUUACAGUCACUUUUUAGCUUUAUUUUGUACAAAUGUUAUUUCCUAUUUUAUGGUGCGUUGCGGUCUGUUUGAUUGAUAUAUAAACCCAGUAUGU